CGAGAUGUUCGCAAACAGACUGUGCCAAACAUUUCCAGGAUUUAUUUGAAGGGAACUUUGGAGCAGCAGCGGUCAUCCAGCUGGUCCGGUGGUUCUGUGAAGAUCACGGUACGAUAAUGGGGAAGCACUUAGUUUCACUGCUUGUGCUGCUCCUGCAGCUCCUCUGUGGCUGCACAGGGAACCAAAGGAUGGUGAGGGCAUCCUCCAUGCAGUUCACUCACUCCGUUUACAAUGCCACCAUAUAUGAGAACUCUGCUGCUAAGACUUACUUAGAGAGUCACGCCAAGAUGGGCAUCUAUAUCACAGAUCCAGAUUGGGAGAUACGGUACAAAAUAGUCUCUGGAGACAAUGAGAACUUGUUCAAAGCAGAGGACUAUGUUGUGGGAGAUUUCAGUUUUUUGCGAAUAAGGACCAAAGGAGGCAGCACUGCCAUUCUGAACCGGGAGGUUAAAGACCACUACAUGCUGACUGUUAAAGCGGUGGAAAGAGGUACCAAUCUGGAGUGUCGCACUAGGGUUAAAGUGCAGGUACUAGACACCAAUGAUCUGAGACCUCUAUUCUCGCCAACUUCGUACAGCAUCUCUCUGCCGGAGAACACAGCCAUACGCACAAGCGUGGCCAAGGUCACAGCGACAGAUGCAGAUAUCGGUACAAAUGGAGAAUACUACUACAGUUUCAGAGAGUGGACGGACAUGUUUGCAGUUCAUCCAACUAGUGGUGUGGUGACAUUGACUGGAAAACUAGAUUAUUCUGAGACCAAGCUGUAUGAGUUGGAGAUCCUUGCAGUGGACAGGGGGAUGAAGUUGUAUGGGAGCAGUGGCUUCAGUAGCAUGGCUAAACUCACAGUCAGGGUGGAGCAGGCCAACGAGCAUGCACCUGUAAUCACGGCUGUCACCUUGACCCCCUCAGAUUCAGACCGUGAUCCCACCUAUGCCAUCGUGACAGUGGAAGAUAAUGACCAGGGACCAAAUGGAGAGAUAGCGUCACUUAGCAUUGUGGCGGGUGACCCUUUACAGCAGUUCAAGGCUGUAAGAACCAGUCCGGGGAGCAAGGAGUAUAAAAUCAAAGCCGUUAAAGAUGUAGACUGGGACAGCCAGCCUUUCGGAUACAACCUCACUUUGCAAGCGAAGGACAAAGGAAGCCCCCCUCAGUUUUCAUCUGCUAAACUCAUUCACGUUACCUCUGCGCAGUUUAGAGUGGGCCCUCCUAAAUUUGAAAAGGCUGUUUACAGGGUCAAUCUCAGUGAAUUUGCCCCUCUUCAUACACCUGUUGCUAUGGUAACAGCUUUGCCUAAGUAUCCACAGCUAAAAUAUGCUUUUAGACACAAGUCUGAAAAGAACAGAUUCGCAAUUAAUCCAGACACCGGCUUAAUCACCACAACAGGACACAUUAAUGCUGAUUAUGCCCCUAGAUAUGAGCUAGACAUUACCACCAGUGAUAGAAAGGCUGCAACUAAAGUGAUCGUAGAUGUGAUUGAUGUGAACAACAAUGCACCUGAGUUCCAGCAGACAUCCUACAAGGCCAGUGUUGAUGAGAAUGUACCUGUAGGGACCAGUGUGCUAGCGGUUAAAGCCACUGAUCUUGACAAAGGUGAGAAUGGCUAUGUGACCUACAGCAUUACAAAUUUGAGCCCACAACCAUUUGUCAUUGACUACUUCUCUGGUGUCAUCAGCACCUCAGAGGUUCUGGACUAUGAGCUCAUGCCAAGGAUUUACAAUCUCAGAGUCAGGGCCUCAGAUUGGGGUUCCCCUUACCGCAGGGAAGUGGAGGCAUCAGUCACCAUAACACUAAAUAACCUGAAUGACAAUAAACCUCUCUUUGAAAAUAUAGACUGUGAAGUCACUGUGCCUAGAGACCACGGCGUGGGAGAGCAGAUAACUACAGUGUCUGCCAUAGAUGCUGAUGAACUGCAGCUGGUACGGUACAAUAUCAAGGCUGGAAAUGAUCUCGAUCUGUUUGAACUGAACCCAAACUCUGGUGUGCUCUCGCUGAAGCAGACACUGAGUGAGGGAGAGGCAGCUAAAGUGUCCUUUCAUAGUUUACAAAUCACUGCGAGCGACGGGGAACACGAGACUCAAUCAAUGAUCAUGAAUAUAACAGUCAUCACAGCCCGCAAGCCUGUCCAGUUAAAAUGUGUUGACACUGGUGUUGCUACUAUGCUGGCAGAAAAGCUGCUUCAGGGCAGCAAGAUUCACACGCAAACAGAACCAGAUGAUAAUUUUAUGGACAUUCACUCAGUCAACCGCUACACUCCUCAGUUUGCAGAGUCUUUUCCAAGUGUCAUUGAGGUUAGAGAAGACCUUCCUGUUGGGGCCCGAAUUGUCCAUUUAAGUGCCACCGACACGGAUAGUGGCUUCAAUGGGAAACUGGUCUAUGUUAUUUCAGGAGGCGACGCAGAGAGCCGUUUCAUAGUAGAAAUGGAAAGUGGUUGGCUUUUGGUCCAUGCUCCUCUCGACAGAGAAACGACAGACCAUUACACACUCAAUGUCACAGUGUAUGAUCUUGGCAUACCGCAGAAGUCCUCAUCACGCCUCUUGGAUGUUAAGAUCUUAGACGCCAACGAUAAUAGCCCUCAAUUUUUACAAGAUUCAUAUUCAGUUGAGAUAAGUGAGAGCACGCCUGUAGGAACAGAAAUUAUCCAGGUGGAUUCAACAGAUAAGGAUCAAGGGAAUAAUGGAAUCGUCAAGUAUUCAAUUUUGGCAGGUACAGAUCAUUUUGCUAUCAAUGAGGAAACUGGUUUAGUGACUGUGACAAAGCCAUUGGAUCGUGAGAUGCACCCUGUUUACAUUUUGAAGAUUGCUGCACGUGAUCAGGCAGUGAGUGAGCCUCAGCUAGUGUCCACUGUGCUGCUCAAGAUCAUCUUAGAAGAUGUCAAUGACAACCCGCCUAAAUUUGUUCCCCCCAAUUACCGUGUGAAGGUGAGGGAAGACCUUCCUAUAGGCACUAUAAUUAUGUGGCUGGAGGCUCAUGACCCUGACAUUGGGCCGUCCAGUCAGGUACGAUAUAGCCUUAUUGAUAACGGAGAUGGGAGUUUUGAGGUAGACAAACUCAGUGGCGCUGUGCGGAUUGUGCAAAAUCUAGAUUAUGAGAAACGGCAGGUGUACAAUCUUACGGCAAAAGCUAAAGACAAAGGGAAGCCGAUGUCGUUGUCAUCAACCUGUUUCAUUGAAGUGGAUGUGGUGGACGUGAAUGAGAAUCUCUACCGGCCUCUGUUUCCGUCCUUUGUGGAAAAAGGAUUUAUAAAAGAGGAUGCGCUUGUUGGGACUUCGGUAAUGAAGGUAACUGCUGAAGAUGAAGACAAAGGCAGAGAUGGAGAGAUUCGAUAUUCCAUACGAGAUGGAUCCGGCCUUGGGAUAUUCACCAUUGAUGAGGAGACUGGCAUCAUUCGAACACAAGAGCUGCUGGACCACGAGACUACACCUCACUACUGGCUGACAGUCUAUGCCAUGGAUCGUGGUGUGGUGCCGCUCUCUGCAUUUGUCGAAGUCUACAUUGAGGUGCAGGACGUCAAUGACAAUGCACCGCAAACCUCAGAGCCCGUCUACUACCCUUCUGUUAUGGAGAGUUCCCCUAAAGAUGUGUCAAUCAUCCAGAUAGAAGCAUUUGACCCAGAUGCCAAGGCCAGUGACAAACUGACCUACAAGAUCACCAGCGGCAACCCUCAGGGUUUCUUCGCUAUUAACGCCAAGACAGGUCUAGUCACAACAACUUCAAGGAAACUGGACAGAGAGCAACAAGAUGAGCACAUUCUUGAGAUCACCAUCACAGAUCAUGGUGUUCCAGCUAAAUCCACCACUGUCCGUGUCAUUGUCAAAGUCCUUGAUGAGAACGACAACAGGCCGCUGUUUCUAGAGAAGAUCUACAAGAUCAAGCUCCCUGAGCGAGAGAAGCCAGAGAAAGAGAGGGCACUGAAGAGAGACCCAGUAUACCGAGUCAUUGCAUCGGACCGUGAUGAGGGGCCUAACGCAGAGAUCUCUUACAGCAUAGAGGAGGGAGAUGAACACGGAAAGUUCUUUAUUGAACCCAAGACUGGCCUGGUGUCAUCUAAGAAGUUCUCCUCUGCUGGAGAAUAUGACAUUCUCACGAUUAAAGCUGUGGACAAUGGACGCCCUCAGAAGUCCUCGACUUGUCGUCUGCAUAUCGAGUGGAUUCCCAAACCAGAAGUACCGGCUGAUGCGGCUCCUCUGGCUUUUGAGGAGCCCCCCUUCUCUUUUUCUGUAAUGGAAAGUGACCCUGUGGCGCACAUGGUGGGCGUCAUUGCCACGGAAUCCUCUGAUGUUCCUGUGUGGUUUGAAAUCACAGACGACAUAGAGGAUUCUGAGAUGUUUUACAUCCUUCAGAUGGCUUGUGACCACAACUGUACAGCAGAAGGUGGUAAUUAUGACAGCCGCUUUGACGUGGGUAAGGCCAGUGGAACCUUGAUUGUAGCGCGGCCCCUGGACGCCGAGCAAAAAUCAAAUUACAACCUGACGGUGGAAGCCACAGAUGGGACGCGAACUGUCAGCACCCAGGUGCUUAUCCGUGUCAUUGACACCAACAACCACCGGCCACAGUUCUCCCGGCCACGGUACGAGGUGAAUGUCCCAGAGGACACCCCCGCUGACACUGAGGUUCUGCAGAUCAGUGCUGUCGACGAAGAUGAGAAGAACAAACUGACUUUUACACUCUUGAGCAGCACUGAUCCGUUCAGCCUGAAGAAGUUCCGCCUAGACCCAGGAACAGGUGCUCUGUACACCACUGAACGACUGGAUCAUGAGACCAUGCGUCGCCACACCCUUACUGUCAUGGUACGUGACCAGGAUAUCCCAGUCAAGAGGAACCUUGUUCGUGUUAUUGUCAAUGUGGAGGACACCAAUGACAAUGCCCCCUGGUUUAUAGGAGCACCUUACUCUGGCCGUGUAUUUGAAUCUGCUGCUAUAGGCUCAGCCGUGCUUCAAGUCACAGCUCUAGAUAAGGACAAGGGCCAGAACGCAGAGAUUGUCUACAGCAUUGAAUCAGGAAAUGUUGCAAAGUCAUUUGCCAUUGAUCCUGUACUGGGGACAAUAACAGUAGCCAAAGAGCUCGAUCGAAGCAGCAAGAACCUGUUUGAGCUUAUUGUCAAGGCGUCUGAUAAAGGAAUACCUCCAAUGUCAACUACUGCUACUGUACACAUUGUGGUAACAGUUUCGGAUAAUGCAGCCCCAAGAUUCACUGAAAAGGAGUUUGCUGCAGAGAUUAGUGAAUCAGCCCAUCCUGGAAGCUUUGUAAGUUUAGUCACAGCCCUCAGUCAGUCGUCUGUUUUCUAUCAGAUAAAAGAUGGCAACAUCAACAGUGCAUUUGACAUCAACCCAAACUCUGGAGUAGUUGUGACCCAGAGGGCUUUAGACUUUGAGACCACCUCUGAAUACAAACUUAUCAUACAAGGCACUAACAUGGCUGGACUGGCCAGCAACACAACACUGCUGAUUCAUCUGAAAGAUGAGAAUGAUAAUGCCCCUGUCUUUCUCCGGAGGGAGUUCCUUGGCAUGGUCAGUGAGUCAGCCCCGAUCAACAGUGUUGUUUUGACCUAUGAGAACACUCCUUUGGUCAUUCGUGCCUCUGAUGCGGACUGUGACCACAACGCUAUGCUCAUCUAUCAGAUUGUUGAGCCAUUUGCUCAUAACUAUUUUGCCAUUGACUCCAGCACAGGAGCCAUACGAACCACAACAACUUUGGAUUAUGAACAGAGGAGUGAUUUCCGUUUCACUGUCCAAGUCCAUGACCUAGGAAUGCCACGCCUGUUUGCUGAGAUGGCAGCCAAUGUGACCAUUGAAGUUAUUGAUGUCAAUGACUGCUCACCGCUUUUCAGCCAAGAACUGUAUGAGGCAACUGUCAUAAUACCAACAUACAAAGGGGUAGAGGUUAUCAAAGUCAAUGCUACGGACUCAGACUCGGGGCCUAACUCCAAACUUCUCUUCUCCAUCUCUGAGGGUAAUAUUGGUGAUAAAUUCAAAAUGGAUCCAAUCAAGGGCAUAAUCUCCAUUGAGAAUGUCACACAAUUGAGAAGCAGGUAUGAACUGAAAGUUAGGGUUUCAGAUGGAAGAUUUGCCAACACUGCCACAGUAAAGAUAAAUGUAAAGGAAAACAAGGAGAGCAGGCUGAAAUUCACCAGAGAGUCAUACAAAGCCUACGUUCAAGAGAACUCAACUGAGAAGAAGACAGUAGCGGUCAUUGCUGCUGUUGGGAACCAGGUAAAUGAACCUUUGUUUUACAGAAUUCUUAACCCAGACAAGAGGUUUGAAAUCAGCCGGACCUCUGGAGUAAUCUCAACUACUGGAAUCCCAUUUGAUCGUGAAGCACAGGACACAUUUGAUAUUGUUGUUGAGGUCACCAGAGAGGACAGAACUGAAGAUGGGGCCCAUGUUCUUGUAACAGUGACAGUGGAAGAUGUGAAUGACAACAAACCCAUGUUUGUGAACCUUCCCUACCAUGCCCUUGUGCAAAUGGAUGCAGAGGUAGGCCAAGUCAUCCGACAAGUCACAGCAGUGGACAAAGACAUGGGUGUGAAUGCUGAUAUCUACUAUCAACUGAAGGAGAACCAGGAACACUUCCAAAUUAACCUCUCCGGUGAAAUCUCACUCAAAAAGAAGUUUGAGAAAGAGUCACUUAACACAGACUAUGUCAUCAUUGUUAUAGCCACAGAUAGUGGAGACCCAGCACUUUCAGCAGAAGUAGAAGUGCCCAUAACGGUGGUGAACAAAGCAAUGCCUGUGUUUGAGAAGCCUUUCUAUAGUAUUGAAAUCCCUGAAAACAUCCAGUUGCACACACCUGUGGUUCAUGUGCAGGCCAAUGAUUCUGAAGGCCCCCGUAUAGUGUACACCAUCUCUGAAGGAGACCCCUUUAAACAGUUUUCAAUUGAUUUCAACACUGGUGUUGUACAUGUGAUUAAACGUCUUGACUUUGAGACACAUCCUGCCUAUAAGUUAAGUGUAAGAGCUACAGAUUCGCUAACCGGAGCACACUCUGAAGUGUUCGUUGAUAUCAUUCUGGAAGAUGUGAAUGAUAAUGCUCCUGUUUUCCUGUCAAAGGCCUACAACGCCAGUAUUUCUGAGGCCUCUGUCAUCGGCACAUCAGUUUUGCAAGUUGAGGCCAUAGAUUCUGACACCGGUAACAACAAAGAAGUCUUCUAUAUGUUGGUUGAAGAAAGGGGGAGGAGUUCAGAUUACUUCACAAUUGACCGUGACACAGGAAUAAUCUCAACAGCUCAAGUGCUUGAUCAUGAGGAGACCCAGCAGCAUAACUUGAGAGUUCGAGUUGUGGAUAGUGGAGUCUCAGCCCUCUCUAGUGAUGUCACUGUGACAGUAGAUGUUACCGACUUGAAUGAUAAUGCUCCAACAUUUUCAGAGAAUGUUUAUGAAACGACCGUCAGCGAAUUAGCCCCUCGUGGUCACUUUAUCACCCAAGUGCAAGCAUCUGAUGCCGAUAGCUCAGACUCAGACAAGUUGGAGUUCUCCAUUAUAUCUGGCAAUGAAGGUCAGAACUUUGCUAUGGACAAAAACACCGGCGCAAUUACCAUUUCCAACCACCGCAGGCCACAUAUGCAGCCUCUGUACAAUCUCAAUGUAUCAGUUUCAGAUGGUGUAUUCAGAGGCUCGGCCCUAGUCAAAGUGAGAGUCAUCGGUGCCAACUUCCACAACCCGACCUUUCCCCUGGUGGAUUAUGUAGUAGAGCUCAUUGAGAACUCACCUGUAGGUACCUUUGUAGCAGAGGCUAAAGCAACAGAUGAAGAUGAAGGCAUCUACGGGCAACUAACAUAUCACAUUGUCAAUGACUUUGCAAAAGACAAGUUCUCUGUCAAUGAAAACGGAGAAAUCUUCACACUAGAGAGCCUUGAUCGUGAGAAUGCCAUUGAGAAAGUUAUUCCUAUUUCUCUCAUAGCAAAGGAUGGUGGUGGAAAGGUUGGCUUUUGUGUUAUCAAUGUAAUUCUAACAGAUGUCAAUGACAAUGCCCCGCAAUUUAGAGCUUUUGAAUACAAAGCCACCGUUGCAUCAGAUGUCCCAAGGGGAACCUCCGUGGUCAAGAUCGCUGCUUCAGACAUGGAUGAGGGAAGCAAUGCUGACAUUACAUAUGCAAUUGAAGCUGAUGUUGAAAAUGUGGAGGAGAAUUUUGAAAUCCACCCCACCUCUGGCGUCAUUGUUACUAAGGAGAGUCUCAUUGGACUUGAAAAUGAACUUUAUGCGUUCUUUGUGAGGGCCAAGGAUGCUGGGAAUCCAUCUAAACAUUCUCUUGUUCAGGUUUACAUUAGGAUUGUUUCCCCCGAGGUACCAGUUCCCAAAUUUGUCGAACCACAUUACCGUUUUACAGUACCUGAAGACCUGCCCAUUGGCACAGUGAUUGAUGUCAUCCAGGCAGAGAGUGAACAGCCAGUGGUUUACAUCCUUGUUAAAGGCAACACUCCUGAGAGCAAUGAGGAUGAGGUGUUUGUUGUGGAUAGAGACACUGGGACUUUGAAACUUGAGAAAAGCCUUGACCAUGAAACUACCAAAUGGUACCAACUCACACUGCUAGCCCAGAGCAAACAUCAGAAUUAUGACGUAGAGGCAUCUGUAUAUGUAAACAUCCAGGUGAAGGAUCUUAAUGACAACAAGCCUGUCUUUGAGUCAGAUCCCUAUGAAGCAGUUACUGUAGAAAACCUUCCAAGUGGAACACCGGUCAUUCAAGUCAAAGCCACUGACCAAGACUCUGGCACCAAUGGCCAAGUAAUUUACAGCCUUGACCCCAAACAGACCUCAAGCGACAUCUUUGAGCUGUUUGCUAUCAAUAGUGAAACUGGAUGGGUGACCACACUGAAAGAGCUUGACCGUGAGAAGAUGAGCAAAUAUACAAUUGCCAUCCUAGCCACAGACCAGGGAGACAGAGUCCAACAUGUUACUGGCACCAAAGUGGAGGUAACAGUUGCUGAUGUGAAUGACAGCCCACCACGCUUCACUGCAGAGAUCUACAAGGGCACUGUCAGUGAGGAUGAUCCUCCACCUAGUGGGGUCAUUGCUAUCCUGAGCACCACGGAUGCUGAUUCGGAGGAAAUCAAUAAACAAGUGAACUAUUUCAUCACAGGAGGAGAUCCACUCGGCCAAUUUGCUAUUGAGCACAUCCAAAAUGAGUGGAAGGUCUCUGUUAGGAAGCCUUUGGACCGUGAGGAGAAGGACAAUUACCUCCUUAACAUCACUGCCACUGAUGGCAUCUUUGCUGCUAAAGCCAUUGUGGAGGUCAAGGUUCUGGAUGCCAAUGACAACAGCCCUGUUUGUGAAAAGUCCCUGUAUAGUGAGAGUGUUCCAGAAGAUUCCCCUGCUGGCAGGCUGAUCUUGCAGGUCUCUGCCACAGAUGCCGACAUCCGCUCGAAUGCUCAAAUCUCUUAUGAGCUCCAAGGACCUAAAGCAGAGUUCUUCACCAUUGACUCAGAUUCAGGAGAAUUGAAGACCUUGCAACCCCUGGACCGAGAGCAACAAGAGGAGUACAGGUUUAAGGUGCGAGCAGUGGAUGGAGGUGGGCGAUACUGCGAGGCUGACAUCGAGAUCACAGUGGAGGACGUCAAUGACAAUGUGCCACAGUUCACUUCAGAUCCCUACACUGUUACAGUCUUUGAGAACACAGAGAUUGGCACAUUUGUGGCAAAACUGCUGGCAAAUGAUGUUGACACUGGUCUUAACGGUGACAUCCUCUAUUCAUUGGCUGACUCUGCUGAUGGGUAUUUCGCAGUAGACGAGCACACCGGCGUAAUAAGCCUGGAACGCCCCCUUGACCGUGAGGUGCAGGCGGUGUAUGAGCUGAAGGCCCGCGCCACUGACCAGGGCUCGCCACGCCUCUCCUCGUUGUGCCAGGUUGUGGUGUCCGUGCUGGACAUCAACGACAACCCACCAGUAUUUGAGCACCGUGAAUACAUGGCCACCGUGCCUGAGGAUGUGGGUGUGGGGACACAAGUGCUCAGGGUGCAGGCAGCCAGCAGGGACACAGAAGCCAAUGGAGAGAUCUCCUACAGCAUCAUCAGUGGGAACGAGCAUGGCAUGUUCAGUGUGGACCAACACACUGGUGACAUCUUCGUGAUUGAGCCCCUGGACUAUGAGGUAUCCCACGAGUACUACCUAACCGUAGAGGCUACAGAUGGUGGCUCACCACCACUCAGUGACAUGGCAACUGUGAACAUCAACCUGACCGAUGUCAACGACAACCGACCGGUCUUCAGCCAGGAGACUUAUACAGCUGUAGUCAGUGAGGACGCUGAGCUGGGCAAGACUGUGCUGGCGGUCAUGGCUGAGGACGCCGAUGGGCCAUCUUACAAUCAUGUGCGAUACGCCAUAGUGGAUGGUAACCAAGGCAGUCCCUUCACCAUCGAUCCAGUCAGAGGAGAGCUUAAAAUUGCUCGCCAGCUGGACAGAGAGAGGACAUCAGGGUACACAUUGAUGGUGCAAGCCUCAGACAACGGGAUGCCUCCACAUUCCAGCAGCACCACGGUCAACAUCGACGUGUCGGACGUCAAUGACAACCCACCCCUUUUCUCCCAAGCCAACUACAGCCUCAUCAUCCAGGAGAAUCGACCAACAGGCACCAGUGUCCUUCAGCUCACUGUAACUGAUAGGGAUGCUACACAUAAUGGCCCACCAUUCAGCUUUGCCAUCGUGGAUGGGAAUGACGGUGAUGCUUUCCAGAUCAAUCAGCAGGGGGCACUCGUGGCAGUGGGGCUAUUGAAUAAGAAAAGUAAAGAACACUACCUGCUUCAAGCACAGGUGUCAGACAGUGGCAAACCUCCGCUCUUCUCCACUGCCUUCAUCAGUGUCCGUAUAAUUGAGGAGAGCGUCUACCCUCCUGCCAUACUUCCACUGGAUAUCUUCAUCUCCACUGCUGGUGACGAAUACCCUGGAGGCGUCGUGGGCAAGAUCCAUGCCACUGACCAAGACAUCUACGACACCCUGACUUACAGCCUCGCCCCUACUUCUUCCUUAUCCUCCUUGUCCGCUGAUGAAAGUGACGCCUUGUUUACAGUCUCGGCCUCCGACGGUAAAGUUAUUGCCCAGCGGCCGCUCGAUGUGGGCCACUAUCCUCUCAACGUGACGGUGACUGACGGGCGCUUCACCACAGCCGCUGACGUCACUGUGCACGUUCGGCAGGCCUCUCAGCAGGCACUGGACAACUCCAUCGCUGUGCGUUUUGCUAAUAUCGCACCUGAAGAGUUCAUUGGGGACUACUGGCGUAACUUCCAGCGGGCACUGAGAAACAUUGCUGGUGUUAGGAGGAGUGAGGUCCAGCUUGUGAGCUUGCAGCCAUCAGAACAAGGAGAUCUGGAUGUCCUGUUAGCGUUAGAGAGAUCUGGCAGCCCCUACCAACCCCAGGAGGUCGUUUUCCGGAAGUUGAAUUCAUCGGUAGCUGUCAUUGAUGAGAUGACGGGCGUCCGGAUUGUGCGAGUGGUCAAGAAGCUGUGUGCUGGGAUGGACUGCCCGCUGCGCUUCUGCGAUGAGGUCGUCUCCCUGGAUAAGGCUGCCAUGUCCACUUACAGCACAGCCCGUCUCAGCUUUGUUACCCCACGCCACGUGAGAACUGCAACCUGCCAGUGUGAAGGUGGUAAAUGUCCUAUGUUGAACAAGCUGUGUGAGAACAACCCUUGUCCUGAGGGAAUGGAGUGUGUUGCAGACCUCAAAGAUGCUGUGUAUAAAUGUGUGUGUCCAGAAGGCACAAAGGGCAAGUGCUCUGAUGGCCACUCGUUGACAUUUGGUGGCAGCGGCUAUGUGAAAUACCGUCUGAUGGAGAAUGAGAACAAGGAAUUGAUGAAACUGUCUCUGAGACUCAGGACCUUCUCCAGCCAUGCUACUGUCAUGUAUGCUAAAGGAACGGACUACAGUAUCCUCGAGAUUGUGAAUGGGCGUCUGCAGUACAAGUUUGACUGUGGCAGCGGCCCUGGCCUCGUGUCGGUCCACAGCACCCAGGUCAAUGACGGAGAGUGGCACACCGUCUCACUGGAGGUGGAUGGAAACUACGCAAAGCUGGUGUUGGACCGGGUGCACGCUGCCUCUGGCACAGCUCCGGGCACUCUGCGCACCCUCAACCUUGACAACAGCAUCUACUUUGGUGGACACGUACGCCAGCAUGCCUCUGCACGCCUUGGCCGCAGCCUGCCUGUCACCAACGGGCUCCGUGGCUGUGUAGAGGCAAUCAUGCUCAAUGGCCAAGAGCUGCCUCUCAACACCAAGGCUCACCGAAUCCACGCUGUGCUGGAGGACAUGGUGGACGUGGCUCCAGGCUGCGCCCUCACACCUGUUGAGAGCUGUUCCAGCAACCCCUGUACCAAUGGAGGGAGCUGCUCCUCUCUGCCUAAUGGAGGCUACUUCUGUAAGUGUAGUGCCUCCUUCAUGGGCACCCACUGUGAGAUUGGCAUCAGCCCUUGUGCCUCCAACCCCUGCCUGUACGGGGGUACCUGUGUGCCCCGGGCAGACGACUUCUACUGCCAGUGCAGAGGGCAGUACUCAGGACAAAGGUGCCAGCUUGGGCCGUACUGCAGAGACAACCCCUGUAAAAACAGUGGGAAGUGUAUUGACAGUCUGGACGGCCCAGUAUGCGAGUGUGAAACAGGCUUCCAGGGAGACAGGUGCCUCAGUGAUGUUGAUGAGUGUGUCAAGAACCCGUGUGCCAACGGAGGCCUGUGCCAGAACACAUACGGCUCCUACAAGUGUAACUGCUCUCUGGGUUUCAGUGGGCAGAUGUGUGAACUCCGUGUCGAAGUUCGCAAUGAAUUUGUCUCCACCUCUUGGAACAUUGGCCUGGAGGAGGUUAUUGGAAUCGUGGUCUUCGUAUCCAGCAUAUUUUUCCUGGUCCUCCUUUUCAUCAUCAUCCGCAAGAGGGCGUGUCGCAAGUCAAAGGCUGACAACGAAGACAAACAUCCCGGAGGCUCAAAUGUGCCUCACUCCUUCCUCCAGAGGCCUUACUUUGACUCCAAGCUCAGCAAGAACAUUUACUCAGACAUCCCACCUCAGGUCCCUGUGCGGCCCAUCUCCUACACUCCCAGCAUUCCAAGCGACUCACGCAACAACCUGGAUCGAAACUCUUUUGAGGGAUCAGCCAUCCCAGAGCAUCCAGAGUUCAGCACCUUCAACCCUGACUCUGUACACGGGCACCGCAAAACUGUAGCCGUGUGUAGCGUUGCGCCCAAUCUUCCACCGCCUCCUCCCUCCAACUCGGUCUCCGAUAGUGACUCUAUCCAGAAGCCCAGCUGGGACUAUGAUUAUGAUGCAAAAGUAGUGGACUUGGACCCGUGCCUGACCAAGAAGCCUGUGGAGGACAGUGCGUGCCACCCCUACAACACCAGGGGGAGCAUGUCUGAGGUCCAGUCCCUCAGCUCCUUCCAGUCAGAGUCCUGUGACGAUAAUGCCUCCAUAGUGACAGUAAUCCACCUUGUCAACUCUGUUGUUGACACGGUGGAAGGAGAAGAGUCUUUUUUGGCUCAUGACCUCAAGAACCCAAGAGGAUAUCACUGGGACACAUCUGAUUGGAUGCCAAGUGUUCAGCUUCCUGGAAUCCAGGAGUUCCCACAGUAUGAGGUUGUGGAGUCCCGCGCCCCCAUGUACAGCGACCCGAGUGCCAUCGAUACCGACUACUACCCCGGUGGCUUUGACAUUGAGAGUGACUUCCCGCCGCCGCCAGAAGACUUCCCCACAAACGAGGACCUGCCGCCACCGCCUUUGCCGGAGUAUGCUGACCGCUACGACACCCUGCGGCCCCUGGACAGGGACUUGGAUCCCGCUCCCGCCAGUCCAGGGGGCUCAGUGGGGGUCCGCCAGCGCCCGGCCCUGCCCCAGCUCUACAGCCUUAACCAGUAUCUCCCGCAGCACUCCUACCCAGGCGAGGGGGCUGACGCCGAGGGCCUGGGCGCCAGUGCCACUUCCACUACGGCCACCACCACCCCGGCUUCCACCAUGGGCACCAGUGGCUACAGAGGGGACUACCCCAUAGGCUACAGUCGGGACUUUGACAACCCUGCUCUGGACAACAUGUCCAUGUCUCUGUACACGUCCACAGCCUCUUGCUCGGACAUGUCGGCGUGCUGCGAGGAGUCCGAGGUGAUGAUGAGCGACUACGAGAGUGGCGAUGAGGGCCACUUUGAACGGCUGGCCAUACCAGCGCUGGACUCCCAACAGCACACUGAAGUCUGACACUGGAUCCAAACAAAAGUGCCUGAACCCACAUAAAACCUUACAUUACUCCUCCCCCUGCCACACACACACACGUACACACACACACACACACACACACACACACACACACACACACACACACUUCCCACCCUGACGCAUUCUCCCUUUUUGUUCACAAUAUAUGCACACACAAAACACAACACUACUCUCUACACCAGGGAUCCAGGGGUCUCCAACCUUUUUUCAUCCAAGAGCUACUUUGAAAACAUGACUUACAUUACAUUUACACUUUGUAUCAACUAAACUAACUAAAUGCAGUGAGUUUCUUCAUGUAUCCAAUGUUAACUAAAGCCCACAUUUUGCAUUUAAAAAAUGCACAUCAAAAGACAUGUGAUAUAUAUUUUCUGAAUCCAAAAUGUCCAUGUAUCAAAUUCGCAUGUCAUAUCAUACUAAAACACUUUAAAUUCACAAGAAGAGUCCAUGAGAGAGGUGUAUGCUGGAGUAGCUUUUUCCACUUACAUUCACUCUUGUACCAUCAUUUAAAUGUUCAUCUGUCAGCCUUGUUCUGAAUUUCGAUUUUCCGCCAUUCAUACCAGAAAAGCUGCUUCACAAAGGAACGUGCAGACACACAAAGCAGAUACUUUCAGGGCUGCGUGAUGGAUGUUUUUGUACAUUAUUAUUAAAAUUAUUAUUAUUAUUAUUAAAACCUUUUGACGAGAAACAGGUGGUGAGCUACUGGUAGCUCGUGAGUUACUUGUUGGAGACCCCUGCUCUACACACACACACACACACACACACACACACACACACACAUCAACACACACACAUCAACACAACACAUAGUGUCACAACGCAGGGGUUGUGUAGACUGGUUGUGAAGGCCGCUCGGCUGCGAAGGUCUCAAAGAGCUACAGGAGAGGACUCUGUAGCAUCGUCACAUCUGCUCAGUUCGACUCCCACCCUUUGAGCUGGCGGUGCCAUUGCUUUAAGUAACUGUCAUCAUGCACAAGAAAUGGAUUGUCUGAAGGAGCCACUUGUUAAUGUACAACAGAAAAAGCAUCUACACAAUAAUGAUCAUUGAGAAAAAAA